UAGCUUGAGGAGGGAGGGGACGACAGGAAAGGAAGCGCUCUUAACGCACUCUCAGAGGAACAGCAGGUCUAAUUGUAAAAAACUUUAAUCUCAUGCACAGAUAAGACUUGGCUGGAGAACACCGCUUUAACGGAAGAAAACUUUACACAGGCGCAAGACUUGGGACGAAAAGUUUUUAGGAAGGAUUUUUGCAAAUCGAAUGUGUAAGGAUUUCUUGUGUUUUUAAUUCAAUAUCAAAAGCACCUGUGUGAUCGUGAGAUAUUGCACAAUGUUCGCCGUGCACUUGUUGGCUUUUUACUUCACCAAGCUACAGGAGGAUCAAAUCAAAAAGGUUGACCGGUUUCUAUAUGCCAUGCGUCUGUCUGAUGAACAGCUCUUGGACAUUAAGUCUCGUUUCCGUGUAGAAAUGGAGAAAGGUCUGUCGAAAGAAAGCAACAUUGCUGCGACAGUCAAAAUGUUACCCACACACGUCCGCUCGACUCCUGAUGGCUCAGAGAAGGGUGACUUCCUGGCACUAGAUCUUGGUGGUUCCAAGUUCAAAGUUCUACAGGUCAAGGUAUCUGAGGACGGGAAAAAGAAAGUGCAGAUGAAAAGCCAGACUUUUCCAGUUCCUGUGGAGGUUCUUAAUGGAAGAGGAACAGAUCUUUUCGAUCACGUGGCAGAGUCUUUAAAAACCUUCAUGAAGAACAAUGAGAUAAAUCAGAAGAUUCCACUGGGCUUCACCUUCUCAUUCCCCUGUCUCCAGUCUAAACUUGAUGAGGGUAUGUUGCUCUCAUGGUCAAAGGACUACAAGGCCAGAGGUGUCAAAGGUGCUGAUGUGGUAGAGUUACUGAGGCAGUCUAUCAGCAAAGUUAAGGGGAUUGAUGUGGAUGUUCUGGCGCUGGUCAAUGACACAGUGGGGACCAUGAUGACGUGUGGAUAUGAUGACCAGCACUGUGAGGUCGGAGUUAUUAUAGGUACAGGCACUAAUGCAUGCUACAUGGAGGAGAUGAGACACAUUGACCUGGUGGAGGGAGACGAGGGCAGGAUGUGCAUCAGUACAGAGUGGGGAGCGUUUGGAGAUGACGGGGCACUGGAUGAUUUUAUUACAAGUUUUGAUCAGGAAAUUGAUGCCGCCUCCAUCAACCCUGGAAAACAACUGUUUGAGAAGAUGGUGAGUGGGAUGUACAUGGGAGAGCUGGUGAGGCUCAUCCUGUUAAAGAUGGCUAAACGUGGCCUGCUGUUUAAAGGAAGGGUUUCAGAUUCUCUUCGUACUAAAGGGAGAUUUCAAACUAAGCAUGUCUGCAUGAUAGAAGAGUACAAAAACGGGCUGGAGAACACUAAGGAAAUCCUUACAGAGCUGGGUCUCACUCCCACAGAGAAUGACUGCAUUGCCGUUCAGCAUGUUUGCACCAUUGUGUCCUUCAGGUCAGCUAACCUGUGUGCUGCUGCAUUGGCUGCCAUCCUCACACGCAUCCGGGAGAACAAGAAGCUAAAGACGCUAAGGACCACCGUUGGAGUGGAUGGAACUGUCUACCGGACUCAUCCUCAGUAUGCGAAGAGGCUCCAUAAAGUGGUGCGCCGCCUGGUGCCUGAGUGCCAUGUCCGUUUUGUGCUGUCGGAGAGUGGCAGUGGGAAAGGGGCAGCCAUGGUGACUGCGGUUGCCCAACGUUUGGCAUCACAGCGCAAAGAGAUUGACAGCACACUAGCAGAAUUCACCCUCAGCCCCACACAACUCCAACAAGUUAAAGAUGAGAUGCGAGUGGAGUUGGAGCGUGGCCUCAGAAAGGACUCUCAUGGCUCUGCUUCAGUCAAAAUGCUGCCCUCAUAUGUUUACAGGACUCCAGAUGGCACAGAGACGGGAAAAUUCCUGGCCUUGGAUCUGGGCGGAACAAAUUUCAGAGUUCUGGUGGUGAAGAUCCGUAGUGGAAUUCGCAAAUCUGUGCGCAUGUAUAACAAGAUUUAUGCCAUUCCACUGGAAAUCAUGCAGGGCACUGGAGAGGAGCUGUUUGACCACAUAGUACAUUGUAUCUCAGAUUUCUUGGACUAUAUGGGGAUGAAAAACACCUGCCUGCCCCUUGGCUUCACCUUCUCAUUCCCAUGCAAACAGACUGGAAUAGAUAAGGGAAUCCUGGUGAGCUGGACUAAAGGUUUCAAAGCUACUCACUGUGAGGGCAAUGAUGUGGUGGACAUGCUGAGAGAGGCCAUUAAGAGACGAAAUGAAUUUGACCUUGAUAUUGUUGCUGUGGUAAACGACACGGUUGGCACGAUGAUGACAUGUGCAUACGAAGAUCCUAAUUGUGAAAUUGGAUUAAUUGCUGGAACAGGCAGCAACGUUUGCUACAUGGAACACAUGAAGAACAUUGAAACAGUGGAAGGGGAUGAGGGGCACAUGUGUGUGAACACUGAGUGGGGUGGUUUUGGGGAUAACGACAACAUUGAGGAUAUCCGGACACGGUUUGACCGGGAGGUGGAUAGCGGCUCCCUGAAUGUGGGUAAACAGAGGUUUGAGAAGAUGACCAGUGGAAUGUACCUAGGAGAAAUUGUCCGGCAGAUUCUAAUAGAUCUCACCAAAAGAGGUCUUUUGUUUCGUGGCCAUAUUACAGAGUGUCUUAAGACAAGGGGCAUUUUUGAGACCAAGUUUCUCUCACAGAUUGAAAGUGACCGUUUGGCGCUACUGCAAGUCAGAUGUAUUCUCCAACAUUUGGGUCUGAACAGCACAUGCAAUGACAGUAUCAUCGUUAAGGAAGUGUGUGGUGUUGUGUCAACCCGAGCUGCACAGCUCUGUGGUGCAGGGAUGGCUGCUAUUGUAGACAAAAUCAGGGAGAACCGAGGACUGGACCAUCUCAACAUCACAGUGGGUGUGGAUGGCACACUCUACAAACUCCAUCCACACUUUUCGAGAAUUCUAAAAGACACAGUGAAAGAACUUGCCCCCAAGUGUGAGGUGGAUUUCAUCCUGUCUGAAGAUGGCAGUGGAAAGGGAGCAGCACUUAUUACAGCUGUGGCUCGUCAGUUUUGUAAGACAACAUAAGAAUGUUCAGGUGCACUGUGUUCUUUUUUCCAUUAUUUUGCAUUCAUAGCUGGAGCAAAGGAACCUGAGUGCUAUCCAACUGUAUAUAAUUAAUAUAAAGAAUUUACCUCUUGAAGUAUUUAGAACAAUUUCUUUAUCUUAAGAGCUUUGUUAGACAACUAUUGUCUAGACAUUUAAUUAAAAAGUUUCCUGUUCAUUUAUUUUGUCACAGUUUAAUAAUGAAAUGCAUAAGUAUAUCAAUAUUCAAAUCAGGAGAUAAAACAGAAGAAGUUAACUUCAAAAACCUUCUCAGGUUGUCAGCUGUGCAGCUUAUUUCACUGAGAGUAACUGCCUCUUUUGUAGCCUAGCCCCCCCGGUUUGCAUGAGCAGGCAGGAAGAAUAGCACGAAUAAGGCUCAUCUAGAGCGGAAAGUAGCUUUGAAUACUGGAAUGUCACAAGUUUAUUUAGACUUGCCAAGAACAAGCUCUCGUUCACAAGCCAGUGGCAAGUUUUUCUUGUGAACAGUUUAUUUAUAAAAUGUAAAAUGCUUUAAUUAUAAUGGCAUUAAACAUAUUGAUAUUCAUAUAUUGAAUUUUUAGUUAAAAAUGUAUUCCAAAUAAUGGUAACUUGUGUUUCCUAAAUGCUUCUGAAAGCUGCUAAUUAGAUGAUGAAAAGUUCAUAUAUUGCAAUAUGCACAAAUUAAUAACUCCAUCUAUUAAAUUAAGCAUCAGUAGGUUUAUACAGAUAUACUUCAAUCAGGUCAGCUGCUGUAAAGAAAAAACUACUCAUGUUAAUCCUGCUUGCUAAUGCUAACCAAUUUAUCUGGCAAAGAGACAAAGCUUACAGCUGAGAUUAUACUGUAUAUCUUACAUAGAAAAGUAUGCAUGCAUGAGCCCCCGCUGAGUCUUUAGCUUGGUGCUGCAUCGUUAAUUAUUAGUUGAAAGAUCUGUCAGUAAAAGAGUUUAAUGUGGUUUUGAUAGUUUAUUAACAGUGGAUUUUAGCACUCCUUAUAGGCUUAUCAUUCCUUAGUGUUUAUAGUCACUGUACUACACAUGUUCUGGGAGGAAAGUCAUUCAUAAAUGGUACAUUUUAGUUACAUCCCAUGACACUGUUCAGAUAUUCACAUCUAAUAUUCAAACUGGUCGACUAUUUGUAUUGUUUGUCUUUUUUUUUUUUGUCCAUCGCCUUUUUCUGUGUUUUAAACCGCUGUCAAUAAAAAUUGUCAAUGAAAUUUCA